GGAGGUGCGCCGGCUUCUCCAGCUCCACGUGCGUGUGGCAGGAAGCGCCUGGCCAUCCGUAGCCGCUGCCGUCGGGUGAGGGGACCCCUGUCUGGAGCCCGGAGGCCCGGCGUGGCUACGAGGACGUCACCAUGCCUAAACCACUGAAGGGAAAAAAUGGAGGACGGGAAAAGAAAGUCAUCCAUCCAUACAGUAGAAGAGCAGCUCAAAUUACGAGAGAGGCCCACAAACAGGAAAAAAAGGAAAAAUUGAAGAAUGAAAAAGCCUUGCGUCUCAACAUUGUUGGUGAAAAACUGCAGUGGUUUCAAAAUCACCUUGAUCCCCAAAAAAUAGAAUAUUCAAAGAAAGACGCUUGUGAACUGAUUGAAAGUUAUUUAAAUCGAUUCAGCAGUGAGUUGGAGCAGAUUGAAUUACAUAACAGCAUCAAGGACAGACAGGGAAGGCGACACUGUUCCCGGGAGACAGUUAUCAAACAGAUGAUGGAACGGGAGCGACAGCAAUAUGAAGGAUAUGGCCUUGAGAUUCCAGACAUUGUAGAUGUCGGUAACCUGAAAACUUUUAGCAGGCAGAACCUGGUCCUUAUUCAGCUCCUGAGAAACCUGAAGUGGCAUAUGACGUCUAUGUACUCCUUCCUACCAAGUUUUACCUGGACUUUUAAAAAUCUCACAUUUUAAUUCAUUGCUUUAUAGUCAGAAUAUUAAUAACAUAACCGGAGGAAACUCAACUGCCACUACUGAGAAUGGUUUUGCUACUGUGUCCCAAAUGAAGACCUAAACUGGGGCAGUAUCUUCUCUGUCCACCUCUGGAUCUCGUCAUUAGCAUUCAAGAUGAAAAAAGACGAAAGACGUGCUCUUACCGUUAUCAUUGCCUUGCUUGAUUUCUUCCGCUGUCCGGUCUAUUAAUACAUACAAGGACCAAACCACGCAGGUGAUGGCAAUCACAUGAAAUGUGACGGAGCAGAAUAUCUUCCGCCUUUCACUUGUGGUCAUCUGUAGUUUCUCCCACUGCAGUUAAACAAAAUCAUAAGAAAUUGAAUUUUAAACCAAGAAAUUUUGCUCCUUGUUUACUGCCUAGGCAUAGUUCAUUAGUGAAAAGGAAAUAUGAAAUAUUUGCAAUUUCAAUAUUUAAUAUCAGAUGACUCUGUAAUAUUUAAAAGUUCAUAUUUGGAAAGAGAAAUUUUAAGGUAUAUACAACGUAAAUAUAUAUUAAAUUGAAAACAAAUAUAAUCUCCUUUUCUCCAAAUGAGCUAAAUCAAGUCAUUUCUGUUUUGCCAAGUCAUAGUUUCCUCAUCUUUAACAUUAACGGGUAGUUUUAAUAUUCUACAAUUUUUAGAAUAUGUUUCUUUUCAGGUGUCUGCAUGUCACUGCUCUGUGGCACUAGGUUUUAAGCCUGUAGUAAGGUAAGUCAGGAACCUGAGUGCACAAGUGGUUUCCAAUUGGCUGCUAACCUAAAGGCUGUCGGCUCAAACUUACCUAGAGGCUCUGUGGAAGAGAGGCCUGGUGCCAUGAGUGUAAUCGACUUGACAGCAAUGGGUUUGGUUUUUGUUUUUAAGGUAAGAGUAAAGGUUGUAAGUAAUAAUAGGCACUGCUUUCCUCUUGGAUUAAUAUAUAGCCUGAUACAGUGUUGCAUUCUUGACUGUAUACAUUUAACAAGUAUUUAAAUGGCUGGUUGGUAUCUGAGAGAGAAAGUCAACAUUUUCUGUUUACAGCUCUGCCUAGAAGAACAAAUUUUAUCAUCUGGGCAACCAGUGGACUUGUGCUAAGCAAUCCCAGUUUGUCACUGCCACGAUGACAGUACCAAGUCUCACAACCAUUGUCCCUUAAUCACACUCCUCAGAAAGUUGGGGCAGGUUCCCUCCGUCUGGGAGAGGAAGAGGACCACCAUUUUUACAUUAGUGAGUUCAAGUUUACUUCAGGGAAUAUGUCCAUUACUUAAAGUAAUAGAUUCUCAAAGUAAAUUUUAAAAAGAACUUAUUUUUGUCGUUGAGAAUACCUGCAACAAAACAUACAUCAUCCAUUUCUACAUGUACAAUCCAGUAACACUGAUUACAUUCUCCAAGUUGCACAACCAUUCUCAUCCUCCUUUUCCAAAUUAUUUGUCCACGUUAACAAUCUCACUGCCCCUAAGCUUCCUACCUGACUUUUCAAGUUGCUGUUGUCAAUCUGAUCCCAUAUAGAUAAUCCUUUAAAAGGGCACAAUGCUGAAGGCAGACAUUCUUAACUAAUUAAGCUAGACUAUUGUUUGGUUUAAAGAAGGCUCUAGGGAAUAUUUUAGGUUUAAAGUUUAAGGUUUAAAACUUAUCUAAGGGUGAUAGUUUGGUGGUUCAGCUAGCAUCCAUGGCCCCAGAAAGUCUGGGUUCUAUGAGAAUUUAAAAAGAAAUUUUUCAUUUCUAGCUCCAGUAUCAUUUCAUUUCUUGUGUUAAGAUUUGGGUCUUUAUUUUUCUUUGCAUAAUUCCCAUAAGAAAACAAAAUCACAAAGCUCUAAUGAGAAGCGAAUUCAUGUGCUAAACUUUUAAUUAUCCACAAUUCUUUAUUUAUAGUCAUUAUUAAAUACAGCAAAAUCUUUAGAGCUUCAGAAGACCUCUCUCCUCUCUCCCUCCUGUCUCUCCAACAGAAAUACACAAUUCAAUGAAGGCGGAAUAUGUUACCUAAAGUCUGCCACCAACUUGAUGUAUACCAUAAAAAAAAAAAAAAAAAAAAUACCAUAGCUUUUAUAAAAAUUUCAUACCAUAUCUGUGAAAGAUUGAUUUUUAAAAAAAUCUAGUUUUAUUAAUGAUUUAAUUAUCAUCUGAAUAACCUAUAUAAUCGUAGAAUAUGAUUAUCUGGCAAUUGCUUUUCUUGAUUUAAUAGAUAUUGCCUGGAUUAUCACAGUAUUUAAUACGGCCAAAUAGAAAGUGCAGGAUGGUGCAGAAAAGCAAUUCUGCAUGUUUGAAUUUCCUAAAUGUCCCAAAGUGAAUGACAAUACCUUUAGUAACACAUUCAUAUCAAAUAAAUCCUCAUCUGUAAAGCUGACUUAAAAAAAAAACUUAAAAAGUUGGACCUCUUAAAUCUAGGGAGCACUUGGGUGGUGCAAAUGGUUACCAUGCCAGACUGCUAACCGAAAGGUUGGAGGUUCGAGUCCAUCCAGAGGAGCCUCAGAAGAAAGACCUGGCGAUCUACUUCAGAAAAAAUCAGCCGUUGGAAAUCCUAUGGAGCGCGUUCUUCUCUGGCACACGUGGGGCUGCCGUGAGUCAGGAUAUACCCAACGGCAACUGGUUUCCUAAAUCUAAGGCACAGUUUGGUGAAAUAGUGAAAUAGCUGGACCACGCUUCUCUGUGGGUCGGAGACAGGAGGCAUCAAACCGUUUUAAAGACUCCUUCUAGCUCCAAACAACAGAAGCUUUGAAGGUGUCACCUCUAAAUAUCAGUACCAUUGUAAGAAGUGAAAAAAGGGUAAGGGAAUCGUCAAACUUUUUUUUUUUUUCUUUAUCUUUACAUUCAGAAAUGCAGUAGCCUGCGCACAAGUAAAUGUGGUACAACAGUGCCCUCUUCUGAGUGAUUACAUUAUUGCGACACUGUUCAGUACCUGGCACCAGCAGAAAUGAACUUGUUUUACAAAUUGUUCAUUCAUAUCCUUGCAUUUUCAGGUUUAUAUACAAAAUUUCAAUAAAUUUUGCAAGGCCUGACAGUGAGGAACUAUGGGGAAAAAAAGGGGGUAAAAACCUUAAAUCAUGGUUUCACCUCUUAUUUGAACAAAGCUGCCGUGAAAGUGCCUUCGUACUUGUGGUAAUGACAUUCCAUGCCGGUCACAAAAGGUUUUGUCACAAAAAGCAGUGAUUGUACAAGAUAGCAGCAACAUGGAUUUGAACAUAUUAAUGAUAAUGAAGAUGGCGCAGGACCCGGCAACGUUUGAUUCUGUUAUAGGUAAGGUGGCCACUGAGUGGGAGCCAACACGACACCUAAAAACAACAGCAAAUCUGUACAGAUAUGUAUGGGAUUUGUUCUCUUCUGCCUAUCUUAUAAAAUAAUUUUUGGCUUAUAACCAAUAUGUGGAGAAUCUAAGUGUACGUAAACAGCAAGUUUGGCGUGGGUCAAGGAGCUUUGGCUGUGAGUUCUCCGUAACAGCCACUGUUACACCUCCAGGGCUGGCUGCUAGAAGAGCCUCAUGGGGACCACAUUUCUGGCAGAGCUGUUCUAAUGCAGUACUUCUCAAAGGAUGGUCCUCUGACUAGAAACAUUGGCAUCACCUGGGCACUUGUUAGAGAUGUAAAUUCUUAAGCUCCAGUCCUGAGAUGACUCCGUUGGCUUCUUUCCACAGGGCACUAAGCAAAUGCAAAGCCUUGCCCUGUCACUGAUGAAGGGCAGCUCUCUGCCAGUGGAGCGACUGGCUUUUGCCUUGUUUUUUACCAGCAGGGCAGCAAGAGCCAUCGCCGUUCCUCUGAAGAUUUUUUCGAUUUCCGUCAAAAUUUAGACCUCGAGCCCAUCAGUGUUUGGGGGGCACAUGUCUCUCGUGAUCACGUGAAGCUGGUUGAGAUGGUAAGGAGGUAGCCCCGUUUUCCUUCUCCAAGGGACCGGGAAAAGGAGGCACCCCAGCACACCACCAAAUCUAUCACACCUGUACACUGUCAACCUGUCCUAUCCUCCCCAACCAGCCUUUAAGUUUUCUUUUAUACCUUCAAAAUAGGGGUAAACUAAGGCUGGCAAAACCCGCUUCACCAGACCAUAGCACCUCCUACAUGGGUGGGCGUGCACCUGGCAUUAGGGAUUACAAUUCCUGAGCCUUUGGUACUUGUUUUAUGGUUCUUGGCCUUUGAUCCUGUGCUGAAAACCCCAAGCAAUAGAAAGAAUUGGACUUAACUCUGUUAUUCACGUAGAAAUAUGUAAUUAAUUUUUCUGAAAAGAUUUCUGAAUUGCAGUAUAAAUGGAUUCAAACAUUGUUUCUGUGAAUUUUUCUGUUUUUCUAGUUAAAUCAAACUGUGUAGUACAGUAUCAAGUGUUCUAAUUUAAGUUAUUUGCAUUUGUAUUCUAUCCUGAAAUAUAAUUUGAAAAAUACUUCUUGAAUGUUUUUGAAAAUCUUUGCACCAGUGAAGAAUAAAGGCAGUUUAUUUGUACCAUACUUAAAUACAUGUGGCAGGGACUACUUUGCCAAAUCCAUUUUUUCUUCUCCUUUGGCACACUUUCACCACAUUUUCCUGCUUAUCACGUGACCCAGAAUUAUCGCCAAACAUAUAUAAUGAUAGAGCAAACAACUGCCACUGGGGGCGCGAGGGCCAACCAGUAACUGGCACCAAGACAAUUUUUUUUUUAAGGCACAGCCAGACCUGGAAGUCCCCAGCCAGCCAGCUGGACAGUUUUGGUCAUUUCAUUAACCCGACAUAAAUGUAAAGAGAAAUUCUGUUUAAAAAAUUCUGACCCUACUUGUCAUACUAUACCAAGAUCAAAAGCAAACCCACUGCCUUCGAGUCAAUUCCUACUCGUAGCGACCUUAUGGGACAGAGCAGAACCGCCCACAGGGUUUCCAAGGCUGGAAAACUUUAGGAACGCAGACUGCCACAUCUUUCUCUGCUUAUCAUAUCAUAUUAGGGUAGAGUUUUACUGCAUGUGAGUGAAAGUAGCACCUGCAAUAGCAAGCCCGAAGUUCGUUACAUCACCUACGUGCCUGAGUAAGAUACACUGUGCUGAAGGAGAGCAAGUAAACUUUGCAGAAGUUCUGGGGCCUGCCAUGUUGGGGAAAUUUCUAGAGGGUCCAAUGAGCUGAGGCAGUGGUCCUCAGAGCCUUCCCCAGCAGCAGUAGCAGCAUUAACCCGGGAAAUGCAAUAUUUGGGUCCCACCCCAGACUUACUGAGUCAGCAACUCUGGCAGUGGGGCCCAGGAUUCUGUGUUUUACCAAGGCCCCGGGUGAUUCUGAUGCAGGUUCGAGAACCACCGGCGAAUGAGAACACUUGGCAGAGUUCUCUGGUGGCCUCAGUGGGGUAUGUGCUACAAGUAGCACUUGUUACUCCCUGUGGUGAACUUCCCAGGGACAGGAAUCAACAAACCAGCCUGGUUAUUUGCUGUGAUGGAAAUAUUUUAGGGUGACUGAAAAUUUUCAAAUCAGGGAAUUUUUCCAAAAUAAAAUCUAGUAGUUUGGAGUUAGCUUAUCAAUCACAGAAUCAAACUGUUGCC